UUGUAAUUUUGGCGGACAAUGAUUCACAGCCUUGGCGCCCGGCGACGAGGCAGCCAGUGUGCGUGUGAAGUGAGCCAAGCGUCCUCUCGAGCGUCGACUCACUCGCCCACAUGGCGAGGGAAUCGCCCGAGAGUCUUGGGAGCAAAUAGGAGCUUGUCCUCUGCGUUCCUCUCGUCUCGCUUUCGAGCCCAUCAAUUCCCCGCUCGUCGCACUUGUCCUCCUCCUCGUCCUGCGUCAUUCAUGGCGACGGGCGCCCACCUCUUCCCUACCCGUACCGACGGUGCCACCGCCCCCUUGCUUGUCUCUUCUGCACCCGCUGCAUAGCGCAUCCUACUAGUACUAGUUACUACUAGUAACAAGAAGCCGGUGCAUCCGCGCCAAGAGGAAGGAGGAGAAGGGGCGGAGAAAGCCAUGUCCGGCACCGGCGCGGUGACCGUGGCUGUUGCCGACGCGGCAGCGACGCCCACCGGGGAGUGCUACUUCUGCGCCGGCGCUCCGGCUGUGGUGUACUGCCGUGCGGACGCCGCGGGGCUCUGCCUGCCGUGCGACCGCCACGUCCACGGCGCCAACACGGUCUCCUGCCGCCACGCCCGCGCCCCGCUCUGCGCGGUCUGCCGCGCUGCCGCGGCCACCGUCCGCCGCGGCGCUGCCCGGUUCCUCUGCUCGAACUGCGACUUCGAGGAGCAGCAGCACGGGGAGCUAACGCAGGUGCCGCUGCUGCACGACCGUGGCAUGGUCGAGGGCUACACCGGGUGCCCCUCGGUGGGCGAGCUCGCGGCGAUCCUCGGCAUCGUCGUCGGCGACAAAGCGGCUGAGGCGUGGUGGCCUCUUUGGGAGGAGCCCCAAGUGCUCAGCUUCGACGACGUCGUCGUGCCGACCACCGCCUGCCAUGGCCUCCAGCCCCUCCUCGCAUCGUCCUCUCCAAAGAACCGGAGCCCGCCCUGCGGGGAGCUGGACGGCGAGGUUCUCCGGCAGCUAGGGGAGCUCGCCAAGUCGGAGGAGGCGGCGACAGAGCCGGCCUGCGUUGAUCAGCUGCCUCCACCAUGGGGAUCUUCAGAUUACGCUGCUAUUGGGCAUGGUGAUCUUGGGGCUCUUGGAGCUGAGGCCAUCUGCACGGCAGCAAUCCUGCAUGUACCUUCAUGCCAGCAGAACCAGGAGGCGUGGAUCGCGACGAGUUGCAAUGAACUUCCCGAGCAGGUCUCGGCGAGCUCGUCGGCGGAGCCGAGCCUGUCGUCGUUCGUGGAGGUGUCGGACGUCUGCCCCGGCCUGAGCCGCAGCGGCAGCAGCAGCGUCGACGACGCCACCAACGCCGGGCACGAUCACCCUUCGCCGGCUGCGGCACCCGUGACAUUGCAGGCGCAAACGGCACCAGCUCAGGCGACCAAGAAGGUCGGCGGCUACGACGUGGUCUACCCCGACCGCGGCAAGGUGAUCUCGCGCUACAAGGAGAAGAGGAAGAACAGGAUGUUCGGGAAGCAGAUCCGGUACGAGUCGCGCAAGGCCCGCGCCGACGGCCGGGUGAGGAUCAACGGCCGGUUCGCCAAGUCGAGCCAGUAGAUUUCAAGGACCGACGACGUGCUCUUGGUCUCCGUGGACGACGACGACGUUUCUGUACCCUACGUAGCGUGGGUGCAAGGGAGCUAGGGGACGGCGUCGCCAUGGCAGCUUGUCCUGGUGGUCGUACGUGCCAUCGCGGCACCACGUACUCGCCGUCUCAACGUGAUGUGACUGCGAGCUGCGAUAUGGUUCAGUUUUUUUUUUUUUGCGUUAUGGUUCAGGUGUGGUUUUUUUUUUUUUUGCGCU